GUAACACCGUAAUUAACACAGUGUUGUUGUUACAUCGAGUGCCUCAGUUUCGUUUUUACACCACAUUAAGGAAACUAUUGACCAAGUAAAGACUGUUUCAGAGAUAGGGAUGGAUUCAGGAGAGGAAUUUAGUGAAGACGUGGAUAUUGAUGACAAAUCUACAGACGAAGGAAAUAAAAAAUCAGUAAAAAAACGUUACAAAUGCACACAUGAAGAUUGCUCAGCUGCAUUUGGGAAACCAUCAAGGCUUGUACAACAUGAACGAAUUCACUCUGGUGAACGACCUUUCAAAUGUGAGCAGUGUGAACAAAGUUACACAAGAUCAUUCCACUUAAAGCGACAUGUCUCAACAGUUCAUGAGCAAUUAGCUGUCGAAAUGUUUUUGUGCCCUAAAGAAAAUUGUGGAAAACAGUUUGUUUCAAGACAGAAAAUGGAGGUACAUCAUGAAAAUGCUCAUUCUGCUAAUUCUUUUAAAUGCCCAACAUGUGAAAAAACAUUUAAAAAGAACCAGCAAUUGAAAAUUCAUCAGUAUCAGCACACAGGAAUUUUACCUUACGUAUGUGAUUAUGAAGGUUGUGGCAAAAGAUUCCUGAUGCCUAGUAGGCUCAAGGGACAUGCAAAGAUCCAUAAAGGAUAUCUUUGUACUGCUGAGGGAUGUAAUCAGGAAUUUCCUAUGUGGAGUGCAUUGAGGAAACAUAAAGCUGAGGCUCACGCGCAAAAGCAUGUGUGCACAGUUUGCAAUUCAUCUUUUAAAACUCGAGGAUUCUUGAAAUCUCAUAUGAAAAUGCACCAACCUACAAGAGAAGUUUUUCAUUGUACCAUCGAAAGUUGUUCAAGGCAGUUCUAUUACCAAAAAAAUCUCCAAUCACACAUUGACAACUAUCAUAAUCCUGGUCAGUUCCAAUGUAAAGAAGAAGGUUGUGGAAAAAUUUUCAUCCAAAAGGCUAGUUUAAAGUCGCACGUAGCACGACACAGAUUACCUGCUUCAGGAGAGAAAAUCAGAAAUGCACCAACCAACCGCAAAGUGCGAAGCGACAAAGGCCAGCCAAAAAAAGCCAUAGCCGCUAUCCUUUCUGGGCAGCCAGUUACGAAUUCGGAAAGUAAGAUAAUUAUGAGAAGCCUAGAAUAGUAUUCAGAGGACGAGUUUACAUUAUUUGGAAUUGCUACGUGCUUCAUUGGCACGAAUUCGUGACACAGAAUUACUGUUUGGGAUGGUGGUGCUGUUGACUGUCAAUAAAUUGGCAUUUCGUCUCCCA